AUGCAGCGGCUGUUGACUCCAGUGAGGCAGGUGUUGCAAGUGAAGAGAGUGAUGCAGGAAGCUUCCCUCCUGCCUGCCCGCCUUCUCCCAGCAGCCCACCCCAGUUUUUCUACAGUUCCAGCUGUCCCCUUGGCCAAAACAGAUAUUUGGCCCAAGGAUGUGGGUAUUCUUGCCAUGGAGGUCUACUUUCCAGCCCAGUACGUGGAUCAGACAGAGCUGGAGAAGUUUAACAAGGUGGAGGCGGGGCGGUACACUGUGGGCUUGGGCCAGACCCAGAUGGGCUUCUGCUCGGUCCAGGAGGACGUCAACUCCCUCUGCCUGACGGUGGUGCAACAGCUGAUGGAGCGCACGCAGCUCCCCUGGGACUCCGUGGGCCGCCUGGAGGUGGGCACUGAGACCAUCAUCGAUAAGUCCAAGGCUGUCAAAACAGUGCUCAUGGAGCUCUUCCAGGAUUCAGGCAACACUGACAUUGAGGGCAUAGAUACCACCAAUGCCUGCUACGGUGGCACUGCCUCCCUCUUCAAUGCUGCCAACUGGAUGGAAUCCAGCUCCUGGGAUGGUCGCUAUGCACUGGUGGUCUGUGGGGACAUUGCCGUCUAUCCCAGUGGCAACGCUCGCCCCACAGGCGGGGCUGGAGCUGUGGCAAUGCUGGUUGGGCCCGAGGCCCCUCUGGUCCUCGAGAGAGGUUUAGGAACCCACAUGGAGAAUGUGUACGACUUCUACAAGCCAGAUGCGACUUCAGAGUACCCACUGGUGGAUGGGAAGCUCUCCAUCCAGUGCUACUUACGGGCCCUGGACAAAUGCUACGCGUUCUACCGUCAAAAGAUCAAGAAACAGUGGAAGCAAGCUGGCAUCGAUCGGCCUUUCACUCUCGAUGAUUUGCAGUAUGUGAUUUUUCACACGCCUUUCUGCAAGUUAGUCCAGAAAUCCCUGGCCCGCCUGAUGUUCAAUGACUUCCUGUUGGCCAGUGGUGACACACAGACUGGCAUCUACAAGGGGCUGGAGGCCUUCAGGGGGCUAAAGCUGGAAGACACCUACACCAAUAAGGAGGUAGAUAAAGCAUUUCUAAAAGCCUCUCUGGACAUGUUCAAUAAGAAAACCAAGAACUCCCUCUACCUCUCCACGUACAACGGGAAUAUGUACACCUCAUCCCUAUAUGGAUGCCUGGCCUCACUUCUGGCCCAUCACUCUGCCCAAGACUUGGCUGGCUCCAGGAUUGGUGCCUUCUCUUAUGGCUCUGGUUUGGCAGCAAGUUUCUUUUCUUUCCGGGUGUCCCAGGAUGCUUCUCCGGGGUCCCCGCUGGAGAAGCUGGUAACAAGUACAUCAGACCUGCAGAAACGUCUUGCCUCCCGGAAGCGUGUGUCUCCUGAGGAGUUCACAGAAAUAAUGAACCAAAGAGAACAAUACUACCACAAGAUGAACUUCUCACCACCUGGUGACAAAAACAGCCUUUUCCCAGGCACUUGGUACCUGGAGCGAGUGGAUGAGCUUUAUCGCCGAAAGUAUGCCCGGCGUCCCGUCUAA